AUGACGGCUGUCUUGAUUGCUUGGCUCGUCUUCUCACUACUUACAGGUAUCCAUGCAAGGUCACUCACAGCUCACAAGGAUAGUUUGCUGGAGACUCGUGAUGAGAAAGUCAGCGAAUACGUUAAUGCUGUCUACUUCACGAAUUGCUACUCAGUCGACAGCUACGCGGAUGUGCAAAAGCCCUUGGACGAUGAUUCUCGGACAGGGUCUGGAAGCACCGCAUAUGGCUGUGUGGAACAGAUAUAUGGCCUUAAAAAGAAACACCGACAAAUGAAGGUUCUACUUUCUAUUGGGGGUUGGACCCUAUCUACAAAUUUCCCUGCUGCUGCGAGCACGGCGGCGACACGGAAGAGAUUUGCCAGUUCAGCAGUCGAUAUUAUGAAAGACUGGGGAUUUGACGGCAUCGAUGUUGACUGGGAAUACCCUACUGGGAAUGGCCAGGCAAGCGACAUGUUACUGCUCCUCAAGGCGGUACGGGAAGAGUUAGACGCAUAUGCUGACAAGUCCGCAUCUGGUCAUCAUUUUGAGCUGUCCAUUGCCGCUCCAGCCGGCCCGGAGCACUAUAGUGUUCUACGGCUUGCCGAUAUCGGAAAUGUGGUUGACCAUAUAAAUCUUAUGGGCUAUGACUAUGCCGGGGGUUUUAGUAAUGCUACUGGCCACGCCGCUAAUCUGUAUGCCAACGACGGAAUUCCAGGGUCAACACCGUUCAGCACCGACGCCGCUAUCCGGGCAUACCUAGCGGCGGGAGUCCCGGCUAGCAAAAUCGUACUUGGUAUGCCAUUAUAUGGUAGAUCCUUCCAGAAUACCGACGGCCUAGGUGGAGCUUUCGAUGGUGUCGGCCAAGGUAGGUGGGGUGAGGGGGUCUGGGACUACAAAGAUCUGCCAAGGAGCGCCAGUGUCAAGAUGUAUUACGAUACCAAAGCCCAAGGGUGCUAUAGCUAUGAUACCAGCACAAGAGAGCUCAUAUCUUUUGACACUCCAGAGGUAGUCAUACAGAAGGUAGCAUAUAUCAAAAAGUCUGGUCUUGGAGGCAGUAUGUUUUGGGAAGCCUCGGGUGAUCGAUCAGGAGCGUGCUCCCUCAUUGGUACAAGUAAGGACGCCCUCCAGCUCAUCGAUAAGUCUCAGAAUUGGCUCGAUUAUCCAGCCUCCAGAUAUCGCAACAUUGCAUCUGGACUGACGAUUUUUCACACUUGA